UUGGAAUCGAAAUGAAAGCAUAUGAACAAUGUUACGGUUCAGGUCAAGACAAUGUAUAUACGAAAAAUAGAUGGUUUUUGAAUGAAAAGUUUAUUCAGUUAAUUAAAAAUAAUGAUUUUUAUCAAAAGCGUGUUCGUUAUAAUGAAAACUUGGUAUUUGAUCCAAAGAAGCCAAUGAAAAAGUGUGUUGAACAAGGUGAAAGUAAAGAUACUAAUGGCGAACAAGAAUCAUUGAAACGUACACGUGAGCAGAAUAAACUAGAUAAGGAAAAUUCAACUGAAAAUAUACAGUCCAAUAAUAAGUCAAUGAAAAAACUGCGUAAACAACAGUUGGAUUAG